CCAAUACACCGCAUACUGUCAGAUAGUACACUGAGGACGACACGGUUCAGUUGUGUUGAGGGAAAAUGAACGGCCACGUUGAGUUUUCAGAGCGGACAGGGUUCAGGGUGCAGCCUGGUCUGAACAUCCUGUACUCGGCAGGAAAUGAACCGGUCUCUCUCACUUCUAGAGACUCAUUUACUGACCAGAGAGACCAGCAAGGCUCGCUUUAUUACACUUAACAUUAACAAACCUGUUACAACAUUACAUAAAACAUGUUGAAGCAGCCUGGACGACUCCCAGCUGGUCCCCACAGUAGUACUACUACCCAGCUACAGCCACGUGUCGCCAUGCGCGCAUGUGGCCUCAUGCACCAGCGAAACAGCCCCCAUUAAACCCCCGAAACCCGACCACAUGCAGCACACUGAUGUCGUAUGAGCUGAAAUGAGAGACCAGGUACCUCAUUGAGAGAGUUGCUGACCAGAAAGUCCCUUGAACCGGCAUUUAAAUCCCCGUCUUUCCCCCUCCACUGCGCCGCCAUCUUGCUGCACCACAUGGAGCUCUGAGGCCGGAUACAGACACGUGGUCAACGGCGGGGCGCACCAAGAGACCACCGACCUGGGAUCAGUUAGGACCAGGACCGCAUAACUUCACAAGAAUAAAGAGCAGUACGAAUCAUAUUCAAGCAGAGAAGAGGAAUGCCCUCCCACAUGGUGCAGAGAACAUCUGUUAGUGAGAAAUGAAGGCCUGAGAGAGAAAGAGGAGGAGGAAGGGGACUUACAUUAACACAAAAGAAAGGAGGUGAAGACAGAAGAAGGGAGCAUGUUUAGAGAAGGAGAGAGUGAGAAAGUGGAGGACACCACCCUCUCUGCAUUGGUACAGACGCUCAUGUGAGCAGCCUCAGUGGCGGCAGCAGUGACUGGUGAGAGAGAGGAGAGGAGAGGAGCAGAGAGAGGAAGAGAGAGCGUGAGGAUAACAGGACCACCACCACCAUCAUUCUGAUCGGAUUCACACCAGACAUGUGAGAAGAUGUCCGUGGGCGGCUGCGCGUGUCCCGGCUGUUCCUCCAAGUCAUUCAAGCUGUACUCCCCCAAGGAGCCCCCCAACGGUAGCACUUUUCCCCCUUUCCACCCCGGCACCAUGCUGGACAGAGACGUGGGUCCCACCCCGAUGUAUCCUCCCACAUAUCUGGAGCCAGGAAUAGGGAGGCACACACCAUAUGGCAACCAGACAGACUACAGAAUAUUUGAGCUCAACAAACGGCUACAGAACUGGACAGAGGAGUGUGAUAACCUGUGGUGGGAUGCCUUUACUACAGAGUUCUUUGAAGAUGACGCCAUGUUGACUAUAACAUUCUGUCUGGAGGAUGGACCCAAACGCUACACAAUUGGCAGGACGUUGAUUCCACGGUACUUCCGAAGUAUAUUCGAGGGUGGUGCCACCGAGCUGUACUACGUGCUGAAACAUCCCAAGGAGUCCUUUCACAAUAACUUCGUCUCCCUCGACUGUGAUCAGUGCACCAUGGUUACUCAGAAUGGAAAGCCCAUGUUCACACAGGUGUGUGUAGAAGGGCGUCUGUACCUGGAGUUCAUGUUCGACGACAUGAUGAGGAUAAAGACGUGGCACUUCAGCAUCAGACAACACCGUGAACUCAUCCCCCGCAGUAUACUGGCCAUGCAUGCCCAGGACCCACAGAUGCUGGACCAGCUGUCCAAAAACAUAACAAGAUGUGGCCUGUCCAACUCCACCCUCAACUACCUCCGAGUGAGUGAGCUGUGUGUGAUACUGGAGCCCAUGCAGGAGCUGAUGUCCAGACACAAGACAUACAGCCUCAGCCCAAGAGACUGCCUCAAGACCUGCCUCUUCCAGAAAUGGCAAAGGAUGGUGGCACCACCAGCUGAGCCGUCAAGACAAGCCCCAAACAAACGGCGGAAGCGUAAGAUGUCAGGCGGCAGCACCAUCAGCGGAGGAGGAGGAACUACUAAUAACAACAACAACAAAAAGAAGAGCCCCGGCAGCGGCUUUCCCCUUUCCAGUCAAGUCCCAGAUGUGAUGGUGGUGGGCGAACCGACACUGAUGGGAGGGGAGUUUGGUGACGAAGACGAGCGUCUAAUCACGCGGCUGGAGAACACGCAGUUCGACGCGGCCAACGGCAUCGACGACGAGGACAGCUUCAACAACUCUCCAGCACUGGGCUCCAACUCACCCUGGAACAACAAAGCCCCCUCCAGCCAGGAGAGCAAGAGCGACAACCCCACCUCACAGGCAUCGCAGUAGAGCCCAGAGCCCCACAACCUCAACACAAACAUCCCCUCCUCUCUCUGUCACUAAUCUGAUCCCGACCCACCCAACAGCCACGAGUGCAACAGCAACAAUCCAUCAUUAACCCAGACUACUGUGCCGAACUCCAACUCUUCAGAUUCAUCCUCAGUGUGUCUUAGACUUUGUCACUGAGCUGGGGGAUGAUUCACAAGUUUUCAUCUCUGCUGUGACUUCUUCAUAUUUAGGCAUCGUGUCCCACCUCUGCGUCCCUUUUCCUCAGCCCAUUCUCAAAAUGUCCCCUCUGCUCUCGCUAAUUUCACUUUGGACACUGAUCCCGGGGAGUAGUGAUAGAAGAGGCAUAGGGAUGUAAACCCAAGGGAGGAGAAGUGUGCUCACUUUACUAUCUGUGUGGAAGUCCACGUGUAGGUCAGAGGAGGGGUGGAGGGGUGGAGCGCAUGUUGGCAGUGGAGGUGUCACGAUGGUGGCAAGUUGCUUAGGGACCACUUGUCCACUCGUCCUCUAAACACGACUCUGAAGUCUGGUCUGCUCUGUUUGAUGUUCCAGUCACUUGUAAUGUUUCUUUAAAGAAUAUGUGUGCAAGUGUGUGAGUGUGUGUGUGGGUGUGUGUUUGUGUGUGUGUUUGCCUGCGUGUGUUCGUGUGGGUGUUCGUGUGGGUGUGUGUGUGUGUGUGUGUUAGUGUGUUAGUGUGUGUGUGUGUGUGUGUUUGUGAAGAGGGAAGAGAGGCAGUCUGAGCUUAUUUGUGGCUUUACUGAAGCGGACAGACCAGAAUUUAGAGUCGGUCGAUAAAACCAUUAAACUUCACACACUAGCAGGAGAAAUGUGGCACUAGGGAAACCAACACACACACACACACACACACACACACACACACACACACACACACAACAUUUAAACAUAAAAGUUUGAAGGAUUUUGAAUCCCCUAGUGCCCAAGCCGUCUCUGAUCAGACUACAAAGGGUCUUUCAAACGGAGAGCAUUUAUAACACACACACAAACACACACACACACACACACAUACACACAGUGACACAUUUUAAGAGUUUUUAUACAGUAUAUAUUUCCCUAGAAUGUUUUUUAAUUUGUAUUAAACGCCUUCAUUUCAAUUGUUACUUUUUUAUUUUCUACCAAUACUGAAAAGCUACAGACCAAGGAGCAACACAGGACUUUUAUCCCUCCCCCCUCUAAAAUAUAUUGUUUUUAUCUUUUAUGUUUAUAAAAGAGAAAUAAUUUAGUGUGGAUGUUUUUAUUUUGUCUUUUGUUCCUUUUUUGGAGAUUUAAAUUUUUGUGUAUUUGUGCUUGUAUAUUUAAGGUAGUAGCAAAGUUCUGUCUGACUGUAAUAAAAUGUAUUCUUACUUAGAUUUACCUAAAGCCAUCCCGAUCUAAUGUAAAGAAACAAAAAUAGGAAAAAGGAGAAAAAACACUCAUGAACCUUUCCUCUUUCUCCCUUCCUGCUCUCUCCUCCUCCCUCUUUUUUAAAACUUGUGUAAAUUAAAUUACAAACCCCCCUGAGGGUACAAUGGCACCAUGAAGAGAUGAUCCAGUUAAUUUUUUUUAUAUUUAUUUUGAAAGCUUAGAACUCAUGUAUUUCAUCCAUACAGGAAGUGAUUUUUUCACUUAACUUACAUAACAAUUUAUGUACUGCAACUCUAAACUUGAUGUCAAGUGAAUGUGCACAUUACAUUUGAGUUAAUCAGUGAAUCUCAUGUCUGGCUAUAAAAGAGUUUUCUUUAGUUCAGAUGACCUUCAUUUUGAGCAGUGUGUUUCAUGACGAAUAGAAUGAUACCAUCAAACAUCCGAUCAUCUUCUAAAGCCAGCUCAACAUGAAGUUCAGACGACACAUUUGGUAGCAGUGCUGAAAACUCAGCCGACGCUCUGUUCAUUUUGUACAUUCUUCUUUUUUGACAGUCGAUUCCAGCAACAGCUCUGAUUGCGUUCGAAUGGUGACUUGUACCUUCUCCAAUCCCUGUAGAAAAAUCAUCGUUUGAUAUAUAUUUUUUGAUUUGGUUAGUUUCUGCCCUUGAUAAUUAAUGUAUGGUACCAAUAAAAAGAUACAUUUUCACUUUAA